AUGUCUACCGCACCGCGCGUGCUCGUCCUCGGCGGACACGGCAAAGUCUCUCUCUUCCUGCAACCCCUCUUGCUCGCCAAGAAAUGGGAUGUCACAAGCGUCGUCCGCAACCCAGCGCACGAGGCUGAGAUUUUGGCGCUCGGUAAGGACAAGCCGGGAAAGAUAGAGGUGUUGGUGGAUAGUCUGGACGAUGUCAAGGAAGUCAGCGAUGCACAGAGGGUACUGGAAAAGGUGAGGCCGGAUAUUGUGGUCUGGAGCGCUGGCGCUGGGGGAAAGGGUGGCCCGUCUAGAACGAAAGCUAUAGAUAUGGUUGCUGCGAAAUGCUAUAUCUCUGCGUCGCUGGCGAUACCCAGCGUCAGGAAGUUUCUUAUGGUUUCUUACCAUGCGUCUCGCAAGGGCUAUCCGCCAUGGUGGACCGACGAAGACAGGAAAGCCGCUGACAACAUCAACCAAAACAUCCUGCCACACUACUACCAGGCAAAGGUGGAGGCGGAUGAGCAUCUUGAGGCCCUAGCAAAGAAGAGGCUGGACAGUGGAGAUAAGCAAUUUCAGGCCAUCAACUUGAGGCCCGGCACCUUGUCGGACAAGCCGGGCACGGGCAAGGUUGCGCUGGGAAAGACGCCGGUCAACGGGAGUGUACCGCGGGAGGAUGUAGCACGGGUGGCCGCGGCACUUUUGGACCGCAACGAUACAAGAGGCUGGUUUGACCUGCUGGAAGGUGAGGAACCCAUAGAGGAAGCAAUCGACAGCCUUGUCAAGACCGGGCAUAACGGUCUUGAAGGAGAGGAUAUGGAACGGAUCUGGGGAAGAGAGACAUAA